GCUGGGCGCGCCGGGCGUCGCUCUUCACGCCUGUGUGAGCCCUCGGGAGAGACCCUCUUGUUUCCCCCUCGUGUCACUCUUGAAGCCCCCCCAGCUCCCCAGCGCUGGCCCUGCUCGUCUCCCGCCCUGCUCUGGGCCUCCUGCGGCGUUGUCGCGCCCCCCGCCUCGGGCACCGCAGGGACCGGGAGACACCCCGGGCAUCCCAGGCCGCCCGGCCGGGUGGACAGCGGCAGAGCCCGCGACAAGUGGUCGCCUUUUCGGCCCGCGGCCUGCGAGAUUAUUUCCCCAAAUCAGUAAGGAGGUAGCAUGUCUUGGGAAGAAAUGCUGUUGAAGAUGGCUCUGAGUAAAUCAAUGCAUGCAAGAAAUAGAUACAAGGACAAACCUCCUGACUUUGCAUAUCUGGCAUCCAAAUAUCCUGAUUUUAAGCAACAUGUUCAGAUAAAUCUGAAUGGAAGAGUGAGUCUUAAUUUUAAAGACCCUGAAGCAGUGCGAGCACUGACCUGCACUCUCCUAAGGGAAGAUUUUGGACUUUCUAUUGAUAUUCCAGUGGAGAGACUCAUUCCCACAGUUCCCUUGCGACUCAACUACAUUCACUGGGUAGAAGAUCUGAUUGGUCACCAGGACUGUGACAGAAGCACUCUGCGCAGAGGGAUUGACAUCGGAACUGGAGCAUCCUGCAUCUAUCCCUUACUUGGAGCGACUUUAAAUGGCUGGUAUUUCCUUGCAACAGAAGUGGAUGAUAUGUGUUUCAACUAUGCAAAGAAAAACGUGGAACAGAAUAACUUAUCUGAUCUCAUAAAAGUGGUGAAAGUGCCACAGAAGACCCUCCUGAUGGAUGCUCUGAAGGAAGAAUCUGAGAUCAUCUAUGACUUUUGCAUGUGCAACCCUCCUUUUUUUGCCAAUCAGUUGGAAGCCAAGGGAGUGAACUCUCGGAAUCCUCGAAGACCACCCCCCAGCUCUGUGAAUACUGGGGGCGUCACAGAGAUCAUGGCAGAAGGAGGCGAAUUAGAGUUCGUUAAAAGGAUCAUCCAUGACAGUUUACAACUGAAAAAAAGAUUGAGGUGGUACAGCUGCAUGCUGGGGAAGAAGUGCAGCCUGGCUCCCCUGAAGGAAGAGCUCCGCAUCCAGGGGGUUCCUAAAGUCACCUAUACAGAAUUCUGUCAAGGCCGGACGAUGCGAUGGGCUUUAGCUUGGAGUUUUUAUGAUGAUGUAACAGUACCAUCACCACCCAGUAAGCGGAGGAAGCUGGAGAAGCCGCGGAAGCCCAUCACCUUCGUGGUGCUGGGGUCAGUGAUGAAGGAGCUCUCCCUGAAGGCCGAGGCGCUGGGGGCCGAGGCGCUGGAGGGCAUCGUUGUGGUCACCACCUGGAUUGAGAAGAUCCUCACCGACCUCAAGGUGCAGCAUAAGCGAGUUCCCUGUGGGAAAGAGGAAGUUAGCCUUUUCCUAACAGCUAUAGAAAACUCCUGGAUCCAUCUGAGGAGGAAGAAGAGGGAGCGUGUGAGACAGCUGAGAGAGGUGCCCCGCGCUCCCGAGGACGUCAUCCAGGCCUUGGAGGAGAAGAAGCCCACCCCCGGGGACAGGGCCCCCGAAGGUCAGCCCGCCACGGUCAGGGACCGCUGCCCGAGCCAGGAGUCGCCCUCCCUGAAUGCAGAGGAGAACACAGACCCCGCGGAGGGACAGAGCGAGGAGAAGGCAGGGCCGGAGGCUGCCGAGAGCGGCCAAGGUGCCAGCCACGGGGCCCACGACGCGGAAAUUCCUGAGUGCCUGGGCAGCCCUGUGGCUGAGAAGGGCAGGCCUCCGCCAGGAGUGGCAGGACACUAUCUGUUCAAGUGUCUGAUCAACGUGAAGAAGGAAGUGGGCGACGCCCUGGUUGAAAUGCACUGGGUUGAGGGCCAGAACCGGGAUUUGAUGAACCAGUUGUGCACCUACCUGCGGAACCAGAUCCUCAGGCUGGUGGCCAGCUAACUGCCCCGGCCUGCCUGG